AUGUCCUCCACAACCUACCUCGUCCUCUCCCUCCUCCCCCUCUUCCUACAACCAAGCGUGGCAUGGGGCUCCCUCGGUCACCGCACCGUCGCCUACCUGGCCUCGACGUACUUCACGCCCGAGUCCACACACAUGACGAACGACCUGCUGAACGGGCAGGACAUCUCCGAAGCGGCGCUCUUCCCAGACAAGGUGCGGCACAUGCCGCAGUUCGCGUACACGCGGGGAUGGCACUACAUUGACGCGCAGGACUCGCCGCCGCAGCGGUGCGGGAUCAACAUGACGCGCGACUGCGCUGUAGAGUCUGGGUGCGUGGUCAGCGCCAUCGCCAACCACACAGGCCGCGUCGCUGACCCGUCGCUGCCGCACUAUCUCCGCGGCCAGAGUCUGCGCUUCAUGAUGCACUUCUUCGGCGACGUGCACCAGCCGCUGCACACCGAGGCCGAGGACCGCGGGGGCAAUGAAUACGAGGUGGCCUUUGACCACCGGCACACAAACCUGCACAGUGUCUGGGACACGCUCAUCCCCAACAAAUAUGCCGGCAUGGGCCACGACGAUGAGUUCACCGCGGCGUGGCUGUGGGCGCAGAGGCUCUCUGGCGCGGAGGACAGUAAUGAGAAUCCACUAGAUGGAGAAUGUCUGCACGAUGCCGCAGAUUGUGCGCUGUCUUGGGCCGGCGAGGCAAAUGGCUAUGUGUGCUCCUACGUGUUGGCUCAUGACGUCCACGAUCAGGACCUAGGCGGCGACUACUACGAGGGUGCCAUCCCCGUCAUCAACGAGAUGAUCCAGAAGGCUGGAAGGAGAUUGGCCGCUUGGAUCAAUGCCAUAUCUGUAGACUACACGCCCAGCUAUCUCGGUGAUAUCGACGUUCAGCACGCAAUGCAGAUCCAGUGA